CUCCCUCCGGUCCGCACAGGGGAGCAGCCGGCAGCAGCUAGCUACCACAGGUACGCCUGUCUCCGGUCCAGUGCAAUCUUGUCUUCUUUUUGGAUUUGUGAUCGACGAUGAUGUAGUAUGUAGCAAAGUGUUUGCUUGGCAUGUGGGCUCAAGGCGUAAGUAAGGAUCAGUCUAGAGGUUUGGUUGCCAAGUUCAGUGCACUACGCUGACACUCCCUCCUCUCCCUGCGUGCACUGCUGCUAGUACCAGCAGCAAUAAGCUAAUCAGCUACGAUGGCGGACUACGUGUAUGGCCCCGGGCGGACCCACCUGUUCGUGCCGGGCCCCGUGAACAUCCCGGACCCCGUGAUCCGCGCCAUGAACCGGCAGAACGAGGACUACCGCUCGCCGGCGGUGCCGGCGCUGACCAAGGUCCUGCUGGAGGACGUUAAGAAGAUCUUCAAGACCACGACGGGCACGCCCUUCAUGAUCCCGACGACGGGGACGGGCGCGUGGGAGAGCGCGCUGACCAACACGCUGUCCCCGGGCGACAGGGUCGUGUCCUUCCUCAUCGGGCAGUUCAGCCUGCUGUGGAUCGACCAGCAGCGGCGCCUGGGCUUCGACGUGGACGCGGUGGAGAGCGAGUGGGGCCAGGGCGCCGACCUGGCCGCGCUGGAGCGCAGGCUCCGCGAGGACGCGCCGCGGCACGCCAUCAAGGCCGUGGCCAUCGUGCACAACGAGACGGCCACGGGCGUCACCAACGACCUGGCCGCCGUGCGCGCGCUGCUGGACAAGCACGCGCACCCGGCGCUGCUGCUGGUGGACGGCGUGUCGUCCAUCUGCGCGCUGGACUUCCGCAUGGACGAGUGGGGCGUGGACGUGGCGCUCACGGGCUCGCAGAAGGCGCUGUCGAUGCCGACGGGGAUGGGCAUCGUGUGCGCCAGCCCCAGGGCGCUGGAGGCCAGCAAGACGGCCAGGUCCGUGCGCGUCUUCUUCGACUGGAAGGACUACCUCAGGUUCUACGACAUGGGCACGUACUGGCCCUACACGCCCUCCAUCCAGCUCCUCUACGGCCUCCGCACCGCGCUCGACCUCAUCUUCGAGGAAGGGCUGGACAACGUCGUGAGGAGGCACAACCGCCUUGGGACAGCCACCAGGCUCGCCGUCGAGGCGUGGGGGCUCAGCAACUGCUGCCAGAAGGAGGAGUGGUUCAGCGACACCGUCACCGCCGCCGUCGUGCCGCCCAACAUCGACAGCGCCGAGGUCGUCAGGCACGCGUGGAAGCGGUACAACCUCAGUCUCGGCCUCGGCCUCAACAAGGUCGCCGGGAAGGUCUUCAGGAUCGGCCAUCUCGGCAACCUCAACGAGCUGCAACUUCUGGGAUGUCUGAGCGGUGUGGAGAUGGUGCUCAAGGAUGUGGGGUACCCAGUGAAACUAGGUAGCGGCGUGGCAGCCGCGGCGGCGUACCUGUCAAACUCCACGCCGCUCAUCCCAUCUAGGAUCUGAGAACAAUGUAAGGGGAGGAUAUCGCAAACAAGGCCAGCGACAACGAGUGGGCAGACGAACGAACAAAGCGUUGCUACAUAGUACUCUCUCAGAAUGUAAAGUUAAAUUUCACACCCAGCUGUUGCUACAUAGUAGUAUAGUUUUAUGAAUUACAGGUUUGAUUAAACUUCAAAUUAAUCUACAUGUAUAGCCCUGCCCAGAUUUAACUAUAUUGGGACCGUAUUACUUACCGAUC